GCCGCCCUCCCGCGCUCCCCGCCGAGCCGGCCGGCAGCCGCGCGGCGCGCGCCAGGCCCCCCCCCCCCUCCCUCUCAAACACCCCCCCCCGCUCCCCUCCCGCACCGUGCCCCGGGCUCCGCACGGCGGGAACAGCGAGGCAGAUGAAGUACAUCCUGGUGACGGGCGGCGUGAUCUCGGGCAUCGGCAAAGGGAUCAUCGCCAGCAGCAUCGGCACCAUCCUCAAGUCCUGCGGGCUGCAUGUCACCUCCAUCAAGAUCGAUCCCUACAUCAACAUCGACGCUGGCACCUUCUCCCCCUACGAGCACGGGGAGGUGUUUGUGCUGGAUGAUGGAGGGGAAGUGGACCUGGACCUGGGUAACUAUGAGCGCUUCCUCGACAUCCGACUCACCAAAGACAACAAUCUGACCACUGGGAAGAUCUACCAGUAUGUCAUCAACAAGGAGAGGAAGGGAGACUAUCUUGGCAAAACCGUCCAAGUUGUUCCCCACAUCACAGAUGCUAUCCAGGAAUGGGUAAUGAGGCAGGCACGGAUUCCUGUGGAUGAAGAUGGCAUUGAACCCCAAGUGUGUGUGAUUGAGCUCGGAGGGACGGUGGGUGAUAUUGAGAGCAUGCCCUUCAUUGAAGCCUUCCGCCAGUUCCAGUUCAAAGCCAAAAGAGAGAACUUCUGUAACAUUCAUGUCAGUCUGGUUCCCCAGCCAAGCUCUACAGGAGAGCAGAAGACUAAACCCACCCAAAACAGUGUUCGUGAACUCAGAGGUCUUGGUCUCUCACCAGAUCUGAUUGUUUGCAGGUGCUCCACUCCAUUGGAUACCUCAGUAAAAGAAAAGAUUUCCAUGUUCUGUCAUGUUGAACCAGAGCAGGUCAUCUGUGUUCAUGAUGUCUCUUCUAUCUACCGGGUUCCUCUGUUGUUAGAGGAGCAGGGGGUUGUGGACUACUUCAGGCACAGGCUUGACCUUCCCAUUGAGAGGCAGCCCAGGAGGAUGCUCAUGAAGUGGAAGGAAAUGGCUGACAGAUAUGACCGCCUCCUUGAGACAUGUUCCAUCGCUCUUGUUGGCAAAUACACCAAGUUUUCAGACUCCUAUGCAUCUGUCAUUAAAGCACUGGAGCAUUCUGCACUGGCCAUCAACCACAAACUUGACAUUAAGUAUAUUGACUCUGCUGACUUGGAGCCGGAUACGCUGCGGGAGGAACCUGUCCGCUACCAUGAAGCAUGGCACAAGCUGUGCAGUGCUGAUGGAGUUCUGGUUCCUGGAGGAUUUGGUGUUCGAGGGACAGAAGGCAAAAUUCAAGCUAUUUCCUGGGCAAGAAAACAGAAAAAACCCUUCUUAGGAGUGUGUUUGGGAAUGCAGCUGGCAGUGGUGGAGUUUGCACGCAGUAUUCUUGGGUGGCAAGAUGCUAACUCGACAGAAUUUGACCCCAAAACUGCUCAUCCAGUGGUCAUAGACAUGCCAGAACAUAAUCCUGGGCAAAUGGGUGGGACCAUGAGGCUUGGCAAGAGAAGGACACUUUUCCAUACCAAGAAUUCAAUCAUGAGGAAGCUGUAUGGAGAUCAUGACUUCCUGGAAGAGAGGCACAGACACAGAUUUGAGGUAAAAAUGCUGUUGGAGAUACUGAGCUUUUCUGUGUCAUCCAGACAUGAGAGAUCACGAGCUUUCUUCCUUCUGGUCUUCCAGGUCAAUCCAGAACUGAAGAAGUGUUUUGAAGAGCAAGGUUUGAAGUUUGUAGGCCAGGAUGAGGAGGGAGAGCGAAUGGAAGUGAUUGAGUUGGAAGAGCAUCCUUUCUUCGUUGGAGUUCAGUAUCACCCUGAAUUCCUCUCCAGACCCAUCAAGCCAUCUCCUCCCUACUUUGGCCUCCUCUUGGCCUCUGCAGGAAGACUCACCCAUUACCUCCAGAAGGGCUGCAGGCUCUCACCCAGGGACACCUACAGUGACAGAAGUGGCAGCAGCUCACCUGACCUGGAGAUAACAGAGCUGAAGUUUCCAUCAGUAAAUCAUGAUGAUUCCUGAUGUGUCUGUGCUGAAGAGAAGAGUCUUCACUUGACUUCCCAGGCGUUCUCACAGCAAUAGCUUGAACACUCUCAGCUUUGGGCUUUCUUAACUUAUGGGUUUCUAGGUUUUGUUAGGAAAUCCUGACCCUUUAUUUCCCCGAUCUUCUGCCCUUUAGUUUCAAUUUGUUCCUGGGGGAGAGCCCAUCGCAGCACACGCGCCGCUUGGCUUCCUGCACUAGCACCAGCCUGCAGAUACAAAGCCAAGUGGGGUACAGGGCUGGGUGCGUUGGGGGGACACAGUCUGAUGCUUCUUCCCUGUGCGUGGUGGCACUGGCAGCGCUUUGGGUCUCAGGUGCUGGCACGUUGGUUGCUUUCUCCAGCCUUUCUGCUCCCUCAGCACCUUUAUUACACUGGUGGAAUCACGUGGAUGACACCAGGUUUUGGGGGCUCUCUCCGUUCUGGAGCUGUGCUGCGCUGCAGAGGAUGGGGCUGCUCAGCUGUCUGCAGGCUCUCUCUUUUUUUUUGGGGGGGGGAUGUUUUGUUCUUUUUUGGUUGUUUUUGUCUUCUCAGUAGCAUUUCAAACCAUUUGGCACUGGUGGUCUGGGUGCAUUCAUUGCUGGCACUGAACUUUUAACCAGGAAAAGCUUCCUGGAACACGAUCAGCUCUAACUGUGAUGUGUCACUGCAGGGAUGCAACUGACUUGGCUCUUGUAGGGCGGGAGGGAAUGAAAAGCAAGUGUCAGGAAAGGCUGGACCUGGCGUUGCUGUUGGCCCUGCAGUGCCGGUGGCCACUGGUGCCGCUUCUGGGCUGGGACACUUCAACUCCUUGCAUCAAGGGGGAGGUACAGAAACAAGUGAACUACUUUCAGACGCUGCCUUUACCAGCUCCCGUUUGCCUUGGACUGAGCAGUUCUCGGUGCUUUUUGGUUCAGUUUUGGGAAGCGGAGCCUUCCUUCUGUUGCCUUCUUUCCCCCGGCGCAGCCGCGGCUCCUGCUGGAAUGCCGAGUGCUGUUCCCGAGGGAGCACAGCGCAGUGUGUGGUGCUGGGGGCAGUGUGGGCUGCCCUGGCGUGGUGGGGGGGGCAGCUCCGCGCUUGUGGGUGGGAAACACACUCACUUUGGGGUUCCCCCCUGCCUCUUGCUGCAGUGUAAGCAACAGGUUUUGGUCUCGGGUAGGUCAGGAGGUGUCUCUGAAGUGUUGUGUGUUCUCAGCUGCGUUGUCUGAUGCCAGCCCCUGUCCUGCCUCAUCUCAGCGAGCUCUUCCACAGCCUCUCUUUGCUUUAGUCCUCACUAUGAAGCUGCUUUUGGCCUGGGGCCCUCUGGGCGUUCUUGGCAUGUGCCAGUUCCGACAGCUCUGCAGAGGUGAGGAGCCGGGGGGGGCACUCCCUGUGCCCGGCGCUGCUCCGGGGGCAUCGUUCCUGCUCCCCACCGAAACUUGGGUGUUUUCUUUUCCUCCUGAAAUGUUCGUGUUUUGGCCAAAACUGUGCAACCGACUCAGUCACUCGAUGCUUCUUUGUAAUAAAAUGAAUAACCAGC